UAUUAGGUACCAUAGAGUGAGGCGAGGAUGAAGCCGAGAGACUGCAGAGGUCCCUGGUGCAUGUGUGUAUAUGUGCGUUUGUGUGUGUUUGUGUGUGUGUGUUCUGCCCCCCCGGUGAGACUGCAGCCCUUGUAAAUACUUGGUCACCUUUUGCAAGAAAGAAUCUGAACAAUUGCAACUGAAGGCACAUUGUUAUCAUCUUGUCUUUGGGAGAUGCUGUUCCUCACUGCAGAUGGGUGAUUUUCCUUUUAAUCAGGACUUUCACAUGCAGAGAGUAAAUGGUAAUUAAAAUGUGCAGGAUGACAAGAUGGAGCAAACAGUGCUUGUACCACCAGGACCUGACAGCUUCAACUUCUUCACCAGAGAAUCUCUUGCAGCUAUUGAAAGACGCAUUGCAGAAGAAAAGGCUAAGAAUCCCAAACCAGACAAAAAUGAUGAUGAAAAUGGCCCAAAGCCAAAUAGUGACUUGGAAGCUGGGAAGAACCUUCCAUUUAUUUAUGGAGACAUUCCUCCAGGGAUGGUGUCAGAGCCCUUGGAGGACCUGGAUCCAUACUAUAUCAAUAAAAAAACGUUUAUAGUAUUGAAUAAAGGGAAGGCCAUCUUCCGGUUCAGUGCCACCUCUGCCCUGUACAUUUUAACUCCCUUCAAUCCUCUUAGGAAAAUAGCUAUUAAGAUUUUGGUACAUUCAUAUCCUUUUUCAAGUGAUUAAUAUUAACUGUUUGCACAUAAUCUAUAAGUACUUUGUAGCUAAAUUACUUUAUCAAUUUUUUCGAUACUUGCUUUCAGGUACACCUUCACAGGAAUAUAUACUUUUGAAUCACUUAUAAAAAUUAUUGCAAGGGGCUUCUGUUUAGAAGAUUUUACUUUCCUUCGAGAUCCAUGGAACUGGCUCGAUUUCACUGUCAUUACAUUUGCAUAUGUGACGGAGUUUGUGGACCUGGGCAAUGUCUCAGCGCUGAGAACAUUCAGAGUUCUCCGAGCAUUGAAAACGAUUUCAGUCAUUCCAGGCCUGAAAACCAUUGUGGGAGCCCUGAUCCAGUCAGUGAAGAAGCUCUCAGAUGUAAUGAUCCUGACUGUGUUCUGUCUGAGUGUGUUUGCGCUAAUUGGGCUACAGCUCUUCAUGGGCAACCUGCGGAAUAAAUGUGUUCAAUGGCCUCCCACCAAUACUUCCCUGGAGGAACACAGUAUAGAGAUGAAUAUAACUGUGAAUUACAAUGGCACAUUUGUAAAUGAAACUGUUGUUGAGUUUGACUGGAAAUCUUACAUUCAAGAUUCAAGGUAUCAUUAUUUCCUGGAGGGUUUCCCAGAUGCACUACUAUGUGGAAAUAGCUCUGAUGCAGGCCAAUGUCCAGAAGGAUAUAUGUGUGUGAAAGCUGGUAGAAAUCCCAAUUAUGGCUACACAAGCUUUGAUACCUUCAGUUGGGCUUUUUUGUCCCUGUUUCGACUAAUGACUCAGGACUUCUGGGAAAAUCUUUAUCAACUGACAUUGCGUGCUGCUGGAAAAACAUACAUGAUAUUUUUUGUGCUGGUCAUUUUUUUGGGAUCAUUCUACCUAAUAAAUUUGAUCCUGGCUGUGGUGGCCAUGGCCUAUGAGGAACAGAACCAGGCCACCUUGGAAGAGGCAGAACAGAAAGAGGCCGAAUUUCAGCAGAUGCUAGAACAGCUUAAAAAGCAACAGGAGGCAGCUCAGGCAGCAACUGUAACUGCCUCGGAACAUUCCAGAGAGCCCAGUGCGGCAGGCAGGCUCUCAGACAGCUCAUCUGAAGCCUCCAAGUUGAGUUCCAAGAGUGCUAAAGAAAGAAGAAAUCGGAGGAAGAAAAGAAAGCAGAAGGAGCAGUCUGGUGGCGAAGAGAAAGAUGAGGAUGAAUUCCAUAAAUCCGAGUCUGAAGACAGCAUCAGGAGGAAAGGGUUUCGCUUCUCCAUUGAAGGAAACAGAUUGACAUAUGAAAAGAGGUACUCUUCCCCACACCAGUCUUUGUUGAGCAUCCGUGGCUCCCUAUUUUCUCCAAGGCGAAAUAGCAGAACAAGCCUUUUCAGCUUUAGAGGGCGAGCAAAGGAUGUGGGGUCUGAGAACGACUUUGCUGAUGAUGAACACAGCACCUUUGAGGAUAACGAGAGCCGGAGAGAUUCUUUGUUUGUGCCCCGACGACAUGGAGAGCGACGCAACAGUAACCUAAGUCAGACCAGUAGGUCGUCCCGGAUGCUGGCAGUGUUUCCAUCGAAUGGGAAGAUGCACAGCACUGUGGAUUGCAAUGGUGUGGUUUCCUUGGUUGGUGGACCUUCAGUUCCUACAUCGCCUGUUGGACAGCUUCUGCCAGAGGGAACUACCACUGAAACUGAAAUGAGAAAGAGAAGGUCAAGUUCUUUCCAAGUUUCCAUGGACUUUCUAGAAGAUCCUUCCCAAAGGCAAAGAGCAAUGAGUAUAGCCAGCAUCCUAACAAAUACAGUAGAAGAACUUGAAGAGUCCAGACAGAAAUGCCCACCCUGUUGGUAUAAAUUUUCCAACAUAUUCUUAAUCUGGGACUGUUCUCCAUAUUGGUUAAAAGUGAAACAUAUUGUCAACCUGGUCGUGAUGGACCCCUUUGUGGACCUGGCCAUCACCAUCUGCAUUGUCUUAAAUACUCUUUUCAUGGCCAUGGAGCACUAUCCCAUGACGGAACAUUUCAAUCAUGUGCUUACAGUAGGAAACUUGGUUUUCACUGGGAUCUUUACAGCAGAAAUGUUUCUGAAAAUUAUUGCCAUGGAUCCUUACUAUUAUUUCCAAGAAGGCUGGAAUAUCUUUGAUGGUUUUAUUGUGACGCUUAGCCUGGUAGAACUUGGACUCGCCAAUGUGGAAGGAUUAUCAGUUCUUCGUUCAUUCCGAUUGCUCCGAGUUUUCAAGUUGGCAAAAUCUUGGCCGACAUUAAAUAUGCUGAUAAAAAUCAUCGGCAAUUCAGUGGGGGCUCUGGGAAAUCUAACCCUGGUCUUGGCCAUCAUCGUCUUCAUUUUUGCUGUGGUCGGCAUGCAGCUCUUCGGUAAAAGCUACAAAGAUUGUGUCUGCAAGAUCUCCAGUGACUGUGAACUUCCACGCUGGCACAUGAAUGACUUUUUCCACUCCUUCCUGAUUGUGUUCCGCGUGCUGUGUGGAGAGUGGAUAGAGACCAUGUGGGACUGUAUGGAGGUCGCUGGUCAAGCCAUGUGCCUUACUGUCUUCAUGAUGGUCAUGGUCAUUGGAAACCUAGUGGUCCUGAACCUCUUUCUGGCCUUGCUUCUGAGCUCAUUUAGUGCAGACAACCUUGCAAAACUUAACGAAAGCAGUAGCUCGUCGGAAGGCAGCACUGUGGACAUUGGCGCACCUGCGGAGGAACAGCCCGCUGUGGAACCCGAAGAAACCCUUGAACCUGAAGCAUGUUUCACCGAAGGCUGUGUACAAAGAUUCAAAUGUUGUCAAAUCAGUGUGGAAGAAGGGAGAGGAAAACAAUGGUGGAACCUGAGAAGAACGUGCUUCCGAAUAGUUGAACAUAACUGGUUUGAGACCUUCAUUGUUUUCAUGAUUCUCCUUAGUAGCGGUGCUCUGGCAUUUGAAGAUAUAUAUAUUGAUCAGCGAAAGACAAUUAAGACUAUGUUGGAAUAUGCUGACAAGGUUUUCACUUACAUUUUCAUUCUGGAAAUGCUUCUAAAAUGGGUAGCAUAUGGCUAUCAAACAUAUUUCACCAAUGCCUGGUGUUGGCUGGACUUCUUAAUUGUUGAUGUUUCAUUGGUCAGUUUAACAGCAAAUGCCUUGGGUUACUCAGAACUUGGUGCCAUCAAAUCUCUCAGGACACUAAGAGCUCUGAGACCUCUGAGAGCCUUAUCUCGAUUUGAAGGGAUGAGGGUGGUUGUGAAUGCCCUUUUAGGAGCAAUUCCAUCCAUUAUGAAUGUGCUUCUGGUUUGUCUUAUAUUCUGGCUAAUUUUCAGCAUCAUGGGCGUAAAUUUGUUUGCUGGCAAAUUCUACCACUGUAUUAACACCACAACUGGUGACAGGUUUGACAUCAACGAAGUGAAUAAUCAUACUGAUUGCCUAAAACUAAUAGAAAGAAAUGAGACUGCCCGGUGGAAAAAUGUGAAAGUAAACUUUGAUAAUGUAGGAUUUGGGUAUCUCUCUUUGCUUCAAGUUGCCACAUUUAAGGGAUGGAUGGAUAUAAUGUACGCAGCAGUUGAUUCCAGAAAUGUGGAACUUCAGCCUAAGUAUGAGGAAAGUCUGUAUAUGUAUCUUUACUUUGUUAUUUUCAUCAUCUUUGGGUCCUUCUUCACCUUGAACCUGUUUAUUGGUGUCAUCAUAGAUAAUUUCAACCAGCAAAAAAAGAAGUUUGGAGGUCAAGACAUCUUUAUGACAGAAGAACAGAAGAAAUACUAUAAUGCGAUGAAAAAAUUAGGAUCAAAAAAGCCACAAAAGCCAAUACCUCGACCAGGAAACAAAUUUCAAGGAAUGGUCUUCGAUUUUGUAACCAGACAAGUUUUUGACAUAAGCAUCAUGAUUCUCAUCUGUCUUAACAUGGUCACAAUGAUGGUGGAAACAGAUGACCAGAGUGAACACGUGACUAGCAUUUUGUCACGCAUCAAUCUGGUGUUCAUUGUGCUGUUCACCGGAGAGUGUGUGCUGAAGCUCAUCUCCCUCCGCCAUUAUUAUUUUACCAUUGGCUGGAAUAUUUUUGAUUUUGUGGUUGUCAUUCUCUCCAUUGUAGGUAUGUUUCUGGCUGAGCUGAUAGAAAAAUAUUUUGUGUCCCCGACCCUGUUCCGUGUGAUCCGUCUUGCCAGGAUUGGCCGAAUCCUACGUCUGAUCAAAGGAGCGAAGGGGAUCCGCACGCUGCUCUUUGCUCUGAUGAUGUCCCUUCCUGCGUUGUUUAACAUCGGCCUCCUGCUCUUCCUGGUCAUGUUCAUCUAUGCCAUCUUUGGGAUGUCCAACUUUGCCUAUGUUAAGAGAGAGGUUGGAAUUGAUGACAUGUUCAACUUUGAGACCUUUGGCAACAGCAUGAUCUGCCUGUUCCAAAUUACCACCUCUGCUGGCUGGGAUGGAUUGCUGGCACCUAUUCUUAAUAGUGGGCCUCCCGACUGUGACCCUGAUGCAGUUCACCCUGGAAGCUCAGUCAAGGGAGACUGUGGGAACCCAUCUGUCGGGAUUUUCUUUUUUGUCAGUUACAUCAUCAUAUCCUUUCUGGUUGUGGUGAACAUGUACAUUGCCGUCAUCCUGGAAAACUUCAGUGUUGCUACUGAAGAAAGUGCAGAGCCCCUGAGUGAGGAUGACUUUGAGAUGUUCUACGAGGUUUGGGAGAAGUUUGAUCCCGAUGCGACCCAGUUCAUGGAAUUUGAAAAACUAUCUCAGUUUGCAGCUGCUCUUGAACCUCCUCUUAAUUUGCCACAACCAAACAAACUCCAGCUCAUUGCCAUGGAUUUGCCUAUGGUGAGUGGUGACCGAAUCCACUGUCUUGACAUCUUAUUUGCUUUUACGAAGCGGGUUCUGGGAGAGAGUGGAGAGAUGGAUGCUCUCCGAAUACAGAUGGAAGAGCGAUUCAUGGCUUCCAACCCUUCCAAGGUCUCCUAUCAGCCAAUCACUACGACUUUAAAACGAAAGCAAGAGGAAGUAUCUGCUGUUAUUAUUCAGCGUGCUUACAGGCGCCACCUUUUAAAGCGAACUGUAAAACAAGCUUCCUUUACAUAUAAUAAAAACAAAAUCAAAGGUGGGGCUAAUCUUCUUGUAAAAGAAGACAUGAUAAUUGACAGAAUAAAUGAAAACUCUAUUACAGAAAAAACUGAUCUGACCAUGUCCACUGCAGUUUGUCCACCUUCCUAUGAUCGGGUGACAAAGCCAAUUGUGGAAAAACAUGAGCAAGAAGGCAAAGAUGAAAAAGCCAAAGGGAAAUAAACAAAAACACAUAAAAAUAAUUGGGUGACAAAUUGUUUACAGCCCAUGAAGGUGAUGUAUUUUUGUCAACAGGACUCCUUUAGGAGGUCAAUGCCAAACUGACUGUUUUUACACAAAUCUAUUUAAGGUCAGUGCCUACAAUAAGACAGUGAUCCCUUGUCAGCAAACUGACUCUGUGUAAAGAGGAGACGACCUUGACAGGAGGUUACUGUUCUCACUACCAGCUGACACUGCUGAAGACAAGAGACAAAAUGGCUAUUCAGAUUGUAGGGACCAGUUUAAAAGGGUGCAGACUUAUAAUUUGGGGGUUGUUUAACAUGAAACACUUUAGUGUAGUAAUUGUAUCCACUGUUUGCAUUUCAACUGCCACAUUUGUCACAUUUUUACAAAAUCUGUUAGUGGAUUCUUCUUUUUUUUAAUCCAUAUGUUUAUUAUAUGUGACUAUUUUUGUAAAUGGGGUUUCUGUUGGGAAAUAGACUAAAGGACCUCAUUAACAGGUAUGCCACCUGGGUGGUAACCACACAGCCCUCCCAUCUACACAAAGACACGGUUUGCAUGAGGGCAUGCUGCACUUAGAGAUCAUGCAUGAGAAAAAGUCACGAGAAAAACAACGAGUUCUUAAAUUCCAUCCAUAUUUCUGGGAGGGAUGACUGGGCGAUAAGUGGAGGUGCUUUGUUGAUCCUGUUUUGUCAAAUCCAGCCCCUAGACCAAGUAGAUUGCAUUUGGGUAGGCCAUUAAAUCUUAGCCGGUGCAAACUUCAUUUAAAUGUCUGGAGUCAUCAAGAUUACGUUUCUGUCUAUCAUAUUAAAAAAACUGAAAUAAUGAAUAUUGCCCUCUAACCUCCACCCCCAGAAGACUGAAUUGACCAAAAUAACCCUUUAUAAAUUUCUGCUUAAUCCUGUACUUUGUUUAGCCAUCUUCAGCUCUCAGCAAGGUUGAUACUGUAUAUGUUAAUGAAAUGCUAUUUAUUAUGUAAAUAGUCAUUUUGCCCUGUGGUGCACGUUUGAGCAAAAAAAUAAUGACCUAAGCACAGUAUUUAUUGCAUCAAAUAUGUACCACAAGCAAUGUAGAGUGCAAGCUUUACACAGGUAAUAUAAUGUAUUCUGUAUCAUUAUAGAUAGUUUGGAUGCUCUCAAUGCAUGUUUAUAUUACCAUGCUGCUGUAUCUGGUUUCUCUCAUUGCUCAGAAUCUCACUUAUGAGAAACCAUAUGUCAGUGGUAAAGUCAAGGAAAUCGAUCAACAGAUCUCAUUUCUUUAAGUCAUUAAGCAAUAGUUUGCAGCACUUUAACAACUUUUUGGUUAUUUUUAAAUGUUAAGUGGAUAACAUAUGGUGUAUAGCCAGACUGUACAGACAUGUUUAAAAAAAAAACAAAACACUGCUUAACCUGUUAAAAAUGUGUUUAGAAUUUUAUAAGCAAAUAUAAAUACUGUAAAAAGUCAUUUUAUUUUAUUUUUCAGCAUUAUGUACAUAAAUAUGAAGAGGAAAUUAUCUUCAGGUUGAUAUCACAAUCACUUUUCUUACUUUAUGUCCAUAGUACUUUUUCAUGGAAGAAAUUUGCUAAAUAAGAAAUGAAAACAAGACUGGAUAGUUGUAGAAUUCUGCUUUUUUAUUACAUUUGCUAAUUUUAGAUUAUUUCAUAAUUUUAAGGGGCAAAAUCGGUUCACGACACAUCUAAAUUAUGCUUUGCAAUUGGAAAGGGUAUCAAAUUUUAUUUGCAUUUCUGGUAGUGUCUGCAUUUUUAGUUUUGAUCUUUUCUUCUAACCUCUGUUUAUGUUUCCAUUUCUUUGGAGUCAUGCUGCUCUAGAUUGUUCAAAAUAUAAUGUGGGCUUCACAGUUUUUUUUCCACAAGAACAGAGAGUAGUGAACUUACAUAGUCAAUUACAUCAGGACAUUUUGUGUUUCUUACAGAAGCAAACCAUAGGCUCCUCUUUUUCUUAAAACUACUUAGAUAAACUGUAUUCGUGAACUGCAUGCUGGAAAAUGCUACUAUUACCCUAAAUGAUGCUAAACAACAUUAAAAAUGUGCAAAACUAAUAAAGUUUACAGUUUUUAUUUUA